UUCCUCCGCAUUUCGACGAACGGCUGCAACACGGGGGGACGGCAACGGAUCUGCACCGUGUUGAGAUUUUUUACGAUGAAUAGCGAGGACAAAAGUGUCACUACACUCAAAAGUCAAACGUUCAUUUUUCCAGUCAAGCACUACCCCAAACCGAGUCAUUGCAUCAUUGUCGAGGAGUAUUUGAUCAGGACCGAGUGGUACGAUCAACGCAUCGAUUCGGCGGGACACGUCUCCCAGCCGAACGACGAACGGAAUAAAUCCUAGAACUUUGACUGGUGCACCAUUUGCGGCACUGCGUUUUAGGGACGGAGACGUUAUUGACUCUAAACGAUCAAAACAUUACGAUGGGCUUCGAUGGCGGCGAUUGCUGCGAGUGCACCUGCGAGGACGGAGAAUAUACCUGCGGCCAGUACGUUGGUUACGCCUGCAUCGACCCCGGCGCCGCGUGCGUGGACGACGACGCUGUCACGGUUGACAUGAUGGAGAACUGCUACGACGCGUCGCGCAUUGGAAACGGCGCCUGUGACAGCCUACUAAACAACGAAGAAUGUGCUUAUGAUGGUGGAGAUUGCUGCGAGUGCACGUGUGACCCUUCUAGGUACCCAUGGUACGAUUCCGGAGAGGGUUGCCAGACCGGCAUGUAUGGCGGCUUCGCCUGCAUUGAUCCGGACGCACCGUGCGUGGACGACGACAUCGUCACUGUCGAGAUGAUGGACCUGUGCUACACCGGCCAGAUCGGGAAUGGCUACUGCGACGACGUCAACAACAGCCCAGAAUGCGGUAUGAUCUGUGACGCGCCGCGUGUCAAAUUUAUUUGCACGGUGUUUCGCCUGCAAAAGAGAGACCGUACCUUUUCCAUGCUCCUUUAUUCUUGUGCCUACGAUGGUGGUGAUUGCUGCGAGUGCACCUGUGAGUCGCACGACGAUGGUUACGAGUACUACUGCAAACCCGGGAGUUUCGCCUGCAUCGACCCUGGGGCGGAGUGCGUGGACGACGACGACAACACCGCGGAACAGUACGAGCACUGCGGCUGGGUAACGCGCAUCGGGGAUGGCAUGUGUGAUGACGAAAACAACAAGGAAGAAUGCGGCAAGGGUGUUCCGAGGUUUCCCAAAUGGAGGGCCCCUUGUGAUGUUGUAGACGAAUCGAUAACUGCCGGUAUUCUUCGCUUAGUAACAUCUACAGGCUUCGACGGCGGCGAUUGCUGCGAAUGCACUUGCGUAGUCUCAGCUUCGGGUGGGUCUCCCUAUGCAUGCCAAGAGAUCUACAACAUCAACAGCUUUGACUGCCUCGACACGAGCGCCUCGUGCUACGGGGACGAAGAUCUCACGCCCGGUGAUGGAUCAAUGUCGUAUGAGCUCAGCUUUGUGUGGGACGACUACGAGUAGACGCUGCCGACCCGUCGACCUUUGCCU